AUGAAUGAGCCCAAACAGAGACAGAUGGAGCGACUCGACCGGUGCCAGCUUUUAAAAGAAGUUAUCACAACAAAGCUCCGAGACAGGAACCAGAAAAUAAGUAAAAAGGAGGAGAGUGACGAUGAGGAUGCUGAGGGGUUAGAAGCUGGUGGGGACAGUAACCAUGACAACAGAGAAAGCUCAUCUAAAGUCUGUAAUCGACAACCUGUGCACCGUAAAGACUGCACAUCUGCACCGCUGUGGGAACCCCAGUCCACAAGGUUCCUGCAGAAGAACAACAGCCUGGAUGAGAAGGGGAGGCUGACGGGCCAUAAGAACCUGCUGGCAUGCGACAACAGCGACAGAGACCCGAGCUUCCGCCGCACUGAGACAGACUUCUCCAACCUAUUUGCCAGAGAUCUUCUGCCCGCCAAGAACGGAGAAGAGCCCACAAUUCAGUUUUUGUUAGAGGUGGUUGAGAUUUUGACCAACUAUGUCAGGAAGACCUUUGACCGGUCCACCAAAGUGCUGGACUUCCACCACCCGCACCAGCUGCUGGAGGGCAUGGAGGGCUUCAACCUGGAGCUGUCUGAUCAGCCGGAGUCCCUGGAGCAAAUCCUGGUGGACUGCAGGGACACGCUCAAGUAUGGAGUCCGCACCGGUCACCCUCGCUUCUUCAACCAGCUGUCCACAGGACUGGACAUCAUCGGUCUGGCCGGAGAGUGGCUCACCUCAACUGCCAACACUAACAUGUUCACCUACGAGAUUGCGCCUGUCUUUGUGUUGAUGGAGCAGCUGACUCUAAAGAAGAUGAGGGAGAUGGUUGGCUGGCCUGACGGAGAGGGAGACGGCCUUUUCUCACCAGGGGGCGCCAUCUCCAACAUGUAUAGUAUCAUGAUCGCUCGUUACAAGUAUUUCCCUGAGGUGAAAACCAAGGGCAUGUCUGCAGCUCCCAGGCUUGUCCUCUUCACAUCGGAACACAGCCACUACUCGAUCAAGAAGGCCGGUGCUGCACUGGGUUUUGGCUCAGAGAAUACGAUCCUCCUCAACACGGACGAGAGGGGCAGAGUGAUUCCGGCCGAUCUGGAGGCCAAGAUCCUUGACGCUAAACAAAAAGGGUAUGUGCCGUUGUUCGUCAAUGCCACGGCUGGUUCUACAGUGUACGGCGCUUUUGACCCCAUCAAUGAGAUCGCUGACAUCUGUGAAAAAUACAACCUCUGGCUCCACGUCGAUGGAGCCUGGGGUGGCGGAUUGCUGAUGUCCAGAAAACACCGUCACAAGCUCAGCGGGGUUGAACGGGCUAACUCUGUUACAUGGAACCCUCACAAAAUGAUGGGUGUGCCGCUUCAGUGCUCAGCCAUCCUGGUCCGGGAAAAGGGAAUCAUGGCCGGCUGCAACUCCAUGUGUGCCGGAUACCUCUUCCAACCCGACAAACAGUAUGAUGUCACCUACGACACAGGGGACAAGGCCAUCCAGUGCGGGCGCCAUGUCGACAUAUUCAAGUUCUGGCUCAUGUGGAAGGCUAAGGGCACGAUCGGCUUUGAGCAGCACAUCGACAAGUGCUUGGACCUGUCUCAGUAUUUGUACAACAAGAUUAAGAAUAGAGACGGAUAUGAGAUGGUGUUUGAUGGAGUGCCUCAACACACCAAUGUUUGCUUUUGGUACAUUCCUCCCAGUCUGAGAGGAAUGGCUGAUGGACCUGAACGGCAGGAGAAACUUCACAGAGUGGCUCCAAAGAUCAAAGCAAUGAUGAUGGAGUCAGGGACCACAAUGGUGGGCUACCAGCCUCAAGGCAAGAAAGUGAACUUCUUCCGGAUGGUGGUGUCCAACCCUGCAGCCACUCAGUCUGACAUCGACUUCCUGAUUGAUGAGAUAGAGCGUCUGGGUCAGGACCUGUAG